AUGGAUUCUUUGGCUGCAAAGCCCGAGAAGUUUAAUGUGUGUAGUAGAAAUGCAUAUGAUAAAGUAAUAUCAAAUACUCCCAGAAACAUGUCAGCUAAUAGUACUAAUAUUGUCCAUAAGUUAUUUAAUAGAGAGACAUUCGGUGGAACAUCUAGGAAAACCAAUGACAGGGGUCGCAGAGUGUUUGAGAAGAUACCGCCGAGACUGCGGUUCUGCCUGAUGGACAUAGUGCCCUUGUCCUACUUGACGGAGCAUGUGUUCAUGGGAUUCUCCCAGUGCGGGCAGUUUCUUCUUAGCUUCACAUACAGCUGUAACACACAGCUAUACUUUAGAGAGAGUUCUAAGUUCACUUUACACUUUCUGGCAUGGGUUCCUGGCACCAUUGUGCAACCCGUGCACAGUGUGCCACUGUUUGGAGAUGAUUGUGUGGACAGCAAAGUGACCAUAUCCAUGGCACAGUGGAAACACAAUCCAGAUGCCUUAGUUGUAUAUGGUAUUGCAGAUUCCUGUUCGGAACGGUCCUACCUCAGUGUUAUAGGAGUACCUCGCUUAGGGUGUAAGAAAUGCGCAGCUUUUUCAAGAACUGAAGAUGAUCUAAUUUGGGGUAGAAGAUGCAUCCAACACAAUUUUGCAAUACACACAAAAUUCUUCUGCACGUCCGACUCCAGUAUGUACGAACCAGUAGUUCAGUUGGCCUACUCCAAACAGAUCAUUAUCUACACCGACUUCAUCCACAUACUCGAGAUAGACUUCGUAGAACCUGACCCAGAGAAAGCGGAAAGGGAAGCGGAAGACUCGAAGAACUUUUUAGAGAGGGUCAGGGACAGGGAGGAGGUCAAUUCUAUUGAUACGAAUCCCGACACCCCGGCGUCAGACGUCUCCGCACCAUUUCAAUCUCCAAAAUAUCAGAACAACGUUGUUCAGAAUAUCUUAGCAGAUUUUUCAGACUUCGAGAUGGAGCCGUUCCAAAUGUCGAAACCUGUCCGGUUGCCUGACGUUAUGGGACAAGAACUAUGUAUUCAGGCCUCCUCCAUCUCUCACCACAACUUGGUAGAGGAAUGGGAGGGACCCUCGCCAUCCAUCAGGACACUGAUCAGCCCUCCCCUACGGUCUCCAAGGCGACGGCCGGCUGAAAGCAUGUCACGGUUCAACGAAACACAUAGAACAAUAGCGGAGAAAGCCUACGAAUUCGUGGAGGAAGCAGAAACUAAAUGUGAGAAACUCAGUAUGUUUAGGAAACGAAGGUUAGCUGACAAGAAGUACGAGUUCUCAGAGGACAACAACGAAAACAUUGUCCCGUUCAGGGUGUUACGGAGUAACAGGAAAUAUUUCAUAGGUUCGACGAGUAAAAAUCAGGUGAAGCGAGGCAAGUCUCCGACUGGGGAGAACGUGGUGCUGAGAGCUCACAAUCAGAUCAGUAGGCCGCCCUCGCCGACUACUAGCUCGGAGUUAAAGAACCCUGACCUGUCCACGCUGGAGUCGGACCACAACAGUGAGUCCGAGUACCGGGUGACGGAGAUGUUGGACGAUGGCUCUCUAAAGACUGUCGCUGUGCACGAUAACACCUCGAAAACUCUCUCAGAUUGUCCUGUUAAUGAACAAGACCCGUAUCUCGUGCACUCUGGGAACUCGAAGUGCAGUAAAUUCUUCACGCGUUACUUCGUGGAGAGCGAUGAUGAUAUAACUUCUAUCAUCACAGACUCAGAAGAUGACUGCAUCUCGGGCUACCACGUAGCUUUGCCUCUAUCAGCUCACGGAGCGGGCUACGUAGGGCUGCAGGGGAUUAGUUCGGGGGCCUGGGACCGACUGUGUGGGGCCGGACCGCCAUUACUACCCCUAACUCUGCGAGCCCACCAACGGUCCUUAGACACAGAGUUACUAUGCAACGAAGUAUGUGGUCGGCUCUGCAAUAUAAAUAAGAAGAAGUUUAUAUACUGCUUCGACUGGGGCUGCCAUGUUAUUGAUGUUUGUCAGUCCAGCGGCUGCUUGUCCGGGUUGUGCGCGAUGUGGAUGUGGGCGAGUGACGACAAUGGCGCCACGGCGGAGUGCGAGGCUUGCAAGGACGUCAGUGCGGGCUGCCUUGUACACCGGCAACAGUACGCUGCAGAGUGUUUGUUUGUGUGGGACCUUGUGAGCGGGGUGUACAGGACUGAGAGAGUUUCCAUGACAGAAGACUCCAGCCAGGAGGGAACCAGAGUUUCAGGCGCAGAUCGCGCUCGGGAGCUAGCCAAGAAGCUAGGGCCGAUCAACAUGCCGCCUGGCAAUGAAAAUAGGUUGCUAACUACGUUGACAGAUAUAUGCAUUGUUACAGGGCGGUCGCUCAAAAGACUGACCGAUGUGGACAACUGCAUCGAAAUAACUAAGAAUCAUCCUGACAGCUCGGAAUCUGAGUCAUCAGCCGAGGAAGACAGUGACUACGACUGA